AUGGUCAUCGACCUGACUGGUCCUGACGAAGAUUCCGGAGAGCAGGCGUCCGCCGCCCGGAUGAAGGAGUUCGUGGCCGACCAGGUCCGCCGUUGGGAAAGGGUGACGCUCGAGUUCGUGAUGUCCCCGACUGUUGAGUACACAUGGCCCAGCCCGACACCCGACUUUCAAGCUGACAACUGGAUUUCGGAUUGGAGCUUGGUCCGACUGUCUCCGUGCACUGCCGCGGACGCCACUGCGGCCAUGAUUCCCAUGAUCACGCUGUCACUGCGCGAGUGCGCCGCACUGCUGCAGACGCUAUUCUUCGAGGCGGGAUUGAGGUUUCGCAACCUGAUUCCCCAGUGGUUUCAAGCACGGGCUCCCCGGGUGGAGCCGAUCAUGGUGCGGAUGCUCAUGCAGGAGCUUCAGCAACAACUGGCUGACGAACAUUCGGAAUGGCGAAGCGUCGCUGCGGGCGUCCCAAAUCGAGUCAUACCAGCGCUGGACGUUCAUGCACUGGGGGAUGCUGCCCUGGAAGCGGUCAAGGAGGAACACCCGGACGACGACGUGCCAAUGUCGACCCGGGAAAUGGACGUGCUCGGUCGAGAAUGUCUUUUCCGGAUGAGGGUGGCUGGAGUCCGGCCGACCCGAAGUCCGGCGAGUUCAGCUGUGGGCCGCCCAGAAUCUAAGCGUCCGCAAUAUGGCCCGCCACGUCCGUCGUCAAUCCCGUCCAUGAGCUCCCACUUGUCCUACCGGUCUUCCAUCCCGGCGAGUCAAGAUGCGGACGCUCUGAGCUUCAGGACGAGAGUCAAGUCUGUUUGGGACGACGGCCGCGGAUUCGGAGGAGUCGAACCCCAGCGCCACGUCCGGGUUGCGCUCGCGGAGCCAUAUUCGUCGUCGGGAUCCUCGCUGUGGUCGCUUGGCGGAGCCAUCGGCGCUCACAUGCCGUAUGCCGCUCCAUCCGGAAUGGUCAUGACCGCCCGAAGUGGCUCAACCCCCAUUCAGGGAGGCUGGGGCGUGCAAGUCACGGAGACGGUGCUCCCUACACCACCAGUGCCGGUGAACCAGGACGAUGUCGAGGACGUCCCGGAGGCACACGCGCUCCCGAAGGUCAAGCCCAAGCAGCUCUUCCAGCGAAUCCAGCUCGGAGGACGAAAGGCGCCGUGGCCGCCGAGGAUCCAAGCACCCUCGCCGUUCCAAGCGGUCGCCCAGUCGAUCCGUGAAGUCCGGAUGGGUGCCAUGGUUCGGGUGGAUGCGAGUGUUCAGGAGAUGAAGCAACAGCUACAGGAUAAGGACAACGCCUCGGACCGGAAGCCCGAAGCCGCUGACGAGGGGAAGCGAACCUUCCAGACCUACCAGGCCACUCAGCUGCUGGUCGACCGGGAGGAUGCCCUGGAAAACCAAUGUGCCCUCGACACACAGGCCCCAGUUCAGGUGAUCAUACGUGAGGCGACGACGGAGAAGGCCCGCGAAGUCGUGGGAGCUAACCAGGAAGAUGCCUUGAAGCGUGCGCGAGAAGCCGUGAAGGCGGAGCGCGCGCAGGAAGAGCAUCUCCGGUCCGAAGCUGAAGCCGCGAAGCUGCAAGUUCAGGAGGCCAGGAUGCAGAAGACCCUGGAAGAGUAG